AUGGUGGCCGUGCACCCGACCGGCGACCCGCGCAUCUGUGGCGCUCGUGGUGGCCAGGCCCGCAGCCGCGGCCACGAACUCGCGGCCGGUGACCCCGCGCACCUCCUCUCGCCCCUAUGGCUGGCUGGCCCUGCACGGCUCCUGCUUCUCCCACACCCGCUGCCGGUAGCCCCGCGCAAGCGGCCGCGCGCCAUGGCCAGGCGAGUCCGCGCGAAUGGGCCCGCGCCUCGCUGCGGCCUCACGCCGGCGGCCAGUGGGCAGUUCGGCGGCGGAUGGACCCCCACGAAGAAGCCGUGA